CACUCCAUUUGCGGCAGUAAAAAUAUCAUUCAACAAUAUAAAGAUGUAACCCUCAAGAUUAAAGGCAAGAUCGUUUAAUGCAGCAAUUAAGGCACCCAGCACCAUCGUGUAGACGCUAAGCUGUAUGGAAGCGCGAGCCUUGAUCCCAAGAAUGUAGUAUUCCGCGAUCAUUGUCAUGAGGAUACUGAAUCGUCUUAGAGCAGUAAACAUCGGUAGACUGAGUUGUUUUGUGCCACCCAAUCCGAAGAUCAUAUUACCAAUAUAAAUCAUUGGCAACGGCCAGAUCUUAAUGAACGUCGCGCCUUCGAGGUUAGGGAAGUCGACAUAGCGUAACUUCUUCGCCAGGAAAAGAACGAAAAUAGUGGCUAACAUUUGUCCUAUUCCCAAAACUUGAAAAGAUGGAAAGCCGAAAGUACUAGCCGACGAACUGUAUAGAAACAUCGGUGGCGUUACGAUCGCUUAAAAUGUCCUUACAUUUUAUUCUUGAAUUUAACAUACUAAAAAGCUAUGAAUAGAAGGUAGUGGUGGCAUGUGGUAAUAUGUAAAAUUGUUGUACAGGAUUAUUCCUGUAUUUAGUAGAUAUAUGUUAUCUAUUAAUUUACUUUUAAGAUUAGAGAUAUAUUUGACAUGCCAAAAAGGUUUACAAAUUAUCGUUAUGCAACAUUAAUACUAUGAUAAAAUUGUAAUACAUGAAAUAAUGAUAAAAUAAAGGAUCUUUGAUACAUCAUCGACAAUAUUUUUAUGAUGUUAUACUUUUUCACACCACGAACAUGUCGCAUUCUACCAUGCAUUUCGACAUCGAAACUAUUAUCCACUUUGUAUUCCACCAGUUCGAAACAGAAACCAAAAGAAAUUGUACAUAUACACGAACCAUGCAUAGAAAUGACAGAAAAAUAUCGCAAUGAUAUUGUUGCUACAAAUUCAGCUGACAAAUAUGUUCUACCAAAAAAUACUAGUCUUAAUAGUAACAAGGAAAUCCGUCCAUCUGAAGAACCAGAAUGGAAACCUAUGCAAGUAGAGCUUGCUCAUCUUCAUAAAUACUGUCUAAAAUUAUCAAAAGUUAGAUUAACUUCUUUAGUAGUGAUAACAACCAUGGGUGGUUAUGUAGUAGCACCUGGCAUUUUUGACUUAUAUACAUUUACUAUGUGUUCCAUUGGUACUGCAUUGGUUUCUUCUGCUGCUAAUGCUAUUAAUCAAUUUUUUGAAACUCCUUUCGAUGCACAGAUGUCAAGAACAAAAAACAGAGUUCUGGUCCGUGGACAAUUAACUCCGGCACAUGCAGUAUUAUUUGCAACUGUAUCAGGAAUUACUGGUUUGUUCAUAUUGUAUAGUCAAGUCAAUGCUAUAACUGCAAUGUUAGGUGCUGUUAAUUUAAUUUUAUAUACUCUUAUUUAUACUCCUAUGAAACGUAUUAGUAUUCUCAAUACUUGGGUUGGAUCUGUUGUUGGAGCAAUACCACCACUUAUGGGUUGGGCAGGCUGUGUAGGUGACAUAAUGGCUCCAGGGGCCUGGAUUAUGUCUGGCCUUUUGUAUGCAUGGCAAUUUCCUCACUUUAAUGCACUUUCUUGGAAUUUAAGACCUGAUUAUUCACGUGCAGGUUAUAGAAUGAUGUCUGUUACGAAUCCUAGUCUUUGCCGUAAAACGGCAUUAAGAUAUACGGCUGCGUUAAUGGGAUUAUCUUAUUUAGCUCCUGUAUUAGAUGUAACUAAUUGGUGGUUUGCUAGUAUGUCAACGCCUCUAAACGCUUAUUUUCUCUAUCUUGCUUGGAAAUUUUAUCAGAACUCGGAUAGUGCAAGUUCUAGAAAACUUUUUCGUUUUUCAUUAGUCUAUUUACCGGCUCUAAUGAUAUUACUACUUGUAAAUAAAAAAUAUUGGUUCAUUAGUAAAAAAAGAACAGAUGUAGUAACAAAUGAUGAAAGUUAUCAGAAAGAAGCUUUCUUAUCAAAUCUCUCGAGAUUGAUUAUACCAACACCAUCGUCCGUUUAAUGCGAUAACACAAAAUGUCAUCGCUAAUAAAAUCGUUGACACUAUCAUAUUCUUUAAACUUGUAAAUGUGUAUUAUAAAUAUAUUUUAGUUAAUAUAUUUUGUAAAGUACAAAAUCUUGUAAAUAUCAUAGAAAUCAUAGAUAAUUAUGCAAUUUGAUCUAAACAGUUUAUCCCGCUACAUGCAGAGAUAAAUAUCGUAAUAACUAUACACAUAUAUUUAUUAGAUUAUUAAAAAAAGUAUCUGAAUGUAAUUUAUAUUUAAUUAGAUACUUAAUUACAUAAAUUUGAAAGAAAGAACAUACACACAUCUAUAAAUCAAAUUUUAUUUAGGAAAUUUUAAAAAAUAACAAUUUAUUAUUAUUAAAAAAUGUAAUAAAAAAAUGUAUUGAAUUUUCUACAUUCUAAACGGAGUUGAAUGGUAAUUAAAGCAAUAAAAUGAGUCUACAAAUCUAUAGAUAUAAAUAUUGUAUCAUUACUUGUGUACAAUAAUUAUCUAUUUAUUUUGUAUAAUUCUAAUGAUUAUUAUAAAAAAAAAAUCAUAUUAUUCAUUUAAUGUUACAUUAAAAUGAAUAAAAUUUUAUAAUUAUGCCUCCUUCACGUCAUAAAUACCUAUGUAUAACUUCCUUUUUUGCUUUUAUAUAAGAAAGGAAAAGUAAAAAAAAAACUUUAAUUUUCUUUUUUAUUUGACAGACAUCAAGUAAUUAUUGUAUUACCAGGAUGUAUGUGAUGUU